UACCCGUAAGUGACCCUGUCUAUUUAAGAUGGCGGACUUCACAAGUUAUGUCAGCGUGGCUGUAUUUUUACUUUGUGUGGUUUCCCGUUCGUGUAACGCACAAGCGGUGAAUGCAUGUCCGAGUUACGCGUGUAAUCCACGCGGGACAAAUUCUUACACGCUCAGUUCCCCCAACUCGUCACAAAACGCUUACGUCGCAUGGAAGACAGAUUUCUUCAUUGGCCCUCUCCCUAACACUUUGGGUUGUGUUGGAAACCCAAAUAACAUCGUAUGCCAGUCAAACGGACCAAAGGAUGUGGGUUACAUCAGCCUAGACGUCGGAACUGGGUCCCUCGAAUGGGCCAGCAGCCUCCUCCGGUUCCCCGUUCUUCCCAUCAUGGAUAUUUUCGGUGACAUCAUAGGCACGGAUGGACAUUAUCUCGUCAAGAUUGAGGAUAGCGGGAAAACGUUUUCGCCAAUUAAAAUCGCGGACGUGUUGUUCCCGAUGUACAGUCUACUGAUAUCAGCCAAUAGUUUGAUUCUACUGGUGUCCAAGAGCGGGGCUGUCAUUGUUUACGAAACAGAGGGUAUUCCGGAAGCCUCGAUCUGGUUAACUGGGACUGUGCAACAGACAAAUGGAACUUUCCUCCCAAUAGCCAUGCCCAUCAUACACGAAAACAGAUGCUACGUUCUUACAGAAUUCAAACCGGAUGAGGGAAGCCCUGGAGCUGAUGACCCAUCAAUCCUGGGUAUGCAGAGACUCUACGCUAUAGACAUGUUCCAGCGAAUGGUAGACCGUCUACACAUCACGUGGUACUUUAACUUUGAACGUGAAACCGGAAGUCAUAAACAGUUCCGGGAAAGAACCGGGAGAAACAAAUUUGUGGAAGAAAUGGAUAUGGAUAACAACAUGAAUAUGAAUACGGAAGAACAGGUUGAAGAUUUACAACCUUCCGUGAUGUUUAAUGUUGAAACAAACACUGUUAUGGUAAACCUUCCUCCUCCGGAAGGUUCGAACGCGGGUCCCACACUGUGGGGAUUGAAAGAUAACGGUGACACCCCGACUCAGCUUUUUAGAGCCACGGCUGGACUGAAACAAAUGGCCAUGUUUGACACAAGCACAUCCACGUCCGGAACUGCUUUACCGGAAAUGACAAAACAUAGAUCGGACGGAAUUUCUGCUGGCAGGUUCGGUCCCUUCCCUCACGGAAGCAAAACCUCUAAUGACGCCGGAACUGAUGUUUGGGCAGUUUUGACGAACUUGGCAUCGAUUGUACAGUUAUCCCCCUUGACUGGAGCGAUACAAAAGUCGGUUGACGUUUCUACGCUUCUAAAGGUACAGAAAGCUCAGAUCACGUCAAAUCUCAUGGUUGCGAGAUCAGCCGGUUCGAAUAACGAUGUUUUGAUUUUCGGUGUUGAAGUUGCAAUCCCUCCUCCAAAUACAGAGGAAGCACGUGGUUUUGUUCUCCUCUGUGAAGAGCACGGACUUCCGGUUAAUCUUUCUGUGUCGACCUUUGUGAUGGGAGUUUCCGGGGCGGAUGGCACAUUGGUGUGGUUGGUUCCUUUGCCGGAUGGUUUAAAAGCCGGUGGACAGAUCACAGGGAUUCCUUUAACUGGACCAGAAAAUGACGAUCUGAAUGACAUUUUAGUCGUUUUUGCCGGGAACGAUAAAUCUUCAACAGUUUUAGCAAUAAGUAGUCACUAACAAUGUGACCUUCUGUCACCCCAGCAAUGGGACCUACUUAUCCCAAACAAUGUGACAUACUCCGUGUUUCCAGCAAUGUGACCUACUUACCAUCAUAAAUGUGACACGCUGUCCCCUACUAGCAUUGUAAACUAUAGCUAUUUUCAAUGCUACCGUUUCAUAGCGCAAAGAAAUCGUACGCAACUUGUUGAUACAAUACAUACAUCAUUAUUCAGGCCAAUCAGACAUCGAAGAUUUGACUUCAAAAUAAGACAAAAUUAAAUCGAAAUCAAAAGAGAAAAUUGCCUUUUUUCGUAAUUUCGUUGUCUUACUCUACACAAAUAAAUUCAAUUUGGAGUCUGUAAAACAUUUAGAUUACUAUCACAGCGGUAUGGUUAAGAUGAAUAUGAUGAGAUGACAUUAUCUUAUGUCUUUAAAUCCGAAAGUUCUUUAAAGUUUUGAAUUUUAUUGUGUAGGUCUAUUACGGACCGUAUGCUGUGUAAGCGCCAUUUUGUAUGUGGUUGUGUUUGACUUCGGGGUGGGGGAAGUGAAUGGGUGUUUCCGUAAUGCUUCUGAAAGUUUUACAGUGUGUGUCUCCAAGUGCAUUUAAAAUGUUUAUGUGGUAUUUUAUAUCUUUAUUGCUUUUGAAAACGGAGAACUUGAUAAUGAAUGUUUGAUUAGAUUAAGUAGGGGAAAAUAUUCCGGUUAACAAUGACGCGUAUCCAAAUAUUGUAAUUAUGUAUUCAAAUACGAGUUCUUAUUUACGCUAGGAAAAAUAAAAACGAAA